AUGGCGCACCCGGCCGCGGUCCCUCGGAGGGGCAGCAGCAGCAGUAGCGGCGGCGGCAGCGGCGGUGCGGCCCCUUUGAGCGCCGCGGGCCCCGGCGUGGGCAGCCACGCCGCCCCGGCCGAGGACUACGCGCGGGAGGCGCCGCUUCCCGGGGCGGCGGCCGGGGGGCCGGCGCCGCCGCCGCCCCCGCAGAGCCUCCACCUCCUCUCGCAGGCCCCUCCGCUCCCCGCACCGCCCGGCGGGGCGCAGAUGAAGAAGAAGAGCGGCUUCCAGAUCACGAGCGUGACGCCGGCCCAGAUCUCCGCCAGCAUCAGCUCCAACAACAGCAUAGCGGAGGAUACAGAGAGCUACGAUGACCUGGACGAGUCCCACACGGAGGACCUGUCCUCCUCUGAGAUCCUGGACGUGUCUCUCUCCAGGGCCACCGACUUGGGGGAACCUGAGCGGAGCUCCUCCGAGGAGACUCUGAACAACUUCCAGGAAGCCGAGACGCCCGGGGCGGUCUCUCCCAACCAGCCCCACCUUCCGCAGCAUCAUUUACCUCACCACCCCCCCCAGAACGUCGUGAUCAAUGGCAGCGCUCAUCCACACCAUCUCCAUCACCACCACCACCACCAUGGCCACCACCUGCAUCACGGCCACCACCACCCGUCCCAUGCCGGCGUGGUCAGCGCUGCAGCCUCCGGAGGGCCCCCCCCCAGCCCUGUAGCCAGGAAACUCUCCACAGCUGGGAGCUCCGACAGCGUGCUCCCAGCUGCACCACCUUCUGCUGCAUCAGCGGCCGGCACACCUGCAUCUCUAAUGACUAAUGUCCGCAAUCCGAGUACCCCUGGCAGUCUAGGCAUAAAUCCUGUUGCUGGCACCGGUACAAUAAACAAUGUGAACGUUUCUGCCGGGGGCAGUGUUAAUCCUAACGUGACAAACAGCAUGCCUGGCAAUGCGAAUGUCCCCUCAAGUACCAUCCCCAGUACCUCUGGGGGCAGCGCCUUGCCGGUGGCCGGCAGCAGUGUUAAUGUGAAUAUCCUCAGUGGCAUGGGCAAUGGGACCACCGCUUCUGUGAGCAGUGCCCCUGCUCAGGCUGCCGCAAUGGCUGCCGGAUCUGGUUCAGCUCAGCAGCAGCCCCCUGCAGCUGGCACGUCCAGGUUUAGAGUUGUGAAAUUAGAUUCUAGUUCUGAACCCUUUAAAAAGGGGAGAUGGACUUGCACAGAAUUCUAUGAAAAAGAAAAUACUGCAACAGCCACGGAAGGAGGAGCAGUAAACAAAGUGGUGGAGACAGUAAGACAGAACCCAGUGGAAGCGACUUCUGAGAGGGAGAGCACUAGUGGCAGUUCCGUUAGCAGUACUGUGAGCACAUUAAGCCACUACACGGAGAGUGUGGGCAGUGGAGAGAUGGGGGCUCCUACUGUGGUCCCGCAGCCAGGCCUCCCGGCCCCAGCAGCCCCCCAGCCAGGGGAUUUUAGCAGUAGUGCUGGUGCCCAGGCCGGGUCAGCAGGGGUUCUUCCCCAGAGUAUUUCUCAGUCACAGAUUGCCCCGGUACAGUUGCAUUCUCAAGAACUGAAUUAUACCCCCCAGAAGCAAGGAGGUCAGCCUCCUCUGCAGGCUGGUAUGAGUGCUGCCACUGGCCUUCAGUCGCCCCCAGUUAACCUUGUGGCUGUCCCCCCGCCCUUAGGCCAGCAGCCUCCUGUUUCCAGCUUGGCCCAGCCCCACUUGUCCUAUUCUCAGCCGGCCCCUCUGGUGCAGACCCCUCUGCCUGUUGUAGCACCACCACAGUUACAGUAUGGACAGCAGCAACAGACUGUUGCCACCCAGGUGGCCCCAGGCCAUGUUCAGUCAGUAAGUCAGAAUCCUGUCCCUGGGUCUAUACCAGAGUAUGUUCAGCAUCAACAAGUCCUGCAAACGCCAGUGCCCCCUCUCCCCCCAAACUCUGCAGGAGUGGGAGCCCCUCCAGCCAUGCCUAUUGGGCAGCCCCAGAGCAUUCAGCCUUCUGUGCAGUCCACAGCGGUUCAGGCCCAGCCUGCAGGGGCAACAAGCCAGCCUCUUGGACAUGGUCAACCAGCGAUGCCUCCUGUAGCUGCCAGUGGUCAAGUUGUGAAUGUUGGUCAGCCAGUGAACAUCCCGGCUGUGGUGCCGCCGGCCACAACCCAGGUGACAGCCUCUCUUGUUCAGCAGAGCGCCCCUCCACCUUCCCAGGUGGUUCCGCCUUCCCAGCCUGGGAUCAUUCAGGGAAUUCAGGCCAGUACUUCCAACCUUCCUCAGCAGCUGGUCAUUGCACCUCAGAGUAACUUGGUAACUGUGCAGUCCCAGGCUCAAGGAGCAGAAUCUAUAGCUCAAGGAAUAACGAAUCAGCAGUUGCCUCCAGUUAGCCCAUUGCCUACUGCCAGCAAUGUCCCUGCUGCAAAUCAAGUUGGAUCAGCUGUUCCCCCUGGAAUACCUGCUGCUCCUACAAACUUGGGUCCACCUCAGAACAUAGCACAAACUUCAGCUAUACAGAAUGGGAAUUUGGUUCAGAGUGUCAGUCAACCUCCCUUAGUAGCAACUAACAUAAAUUUGCCUGUGACACAGCAGAUCCCUCUAAGUUCUACUCAGUUCCCCACACAGUCACUAACUCAGUCCAUUGGAAGUCAAAGUGAAGAAGCCAGGCAUCCUGUGGAACACUCCCUAGUUGGUGGACCUCAGACUCUCAGUGGGGAGAGCAGUGGGGGCCUGGCCUCGGGCUCUGAUGGCAGUGGAGGCGCUGUGGCGGCUUCGGCUUCGGCUUCCCUUUUCCCGUUGAAGGUGCUGCCACUGACCACACCCCUCGUUGAUGGCGAGGAUGAGAGGGGGACUGGCAUUGGAGGGAUGGUGAAGUAUGUGCCCUGUGAUGAUUUUGAAAGCAUAAAUGUAACUUUUGAGAUUAGUAUCAGAAUCUCAGCAUCCAAAUGA